AUGUCUACUACUCCAAUAGACCCACAGCAGCAACUACCACUACCUCCGCCGCCGCCGCAAGAGAUCCAACAAGAAGCUUACACAGCUCAUUCGGGAUACGGGUCAGUCGGACCCGUCAUCGCGGUUCUCGCAGUGAUCACAAUCUUGGGUGCGAUUGCUGUCAUGAUCGGCCGACUAUGUUCGGGCAGACGGAUCAUGGGUCACGUCCAGUACGAUUUCGAAGGUUGGAUCGAGACCAAAUGCGCCACAUGUAUCGACGGCCGGGUCGACCAUCCUUCGCCGCCUCCCCCUCCGCCGCCGGCGGAGGAAAGUACGAGCAGUAGUGGAACAGGAAGCGGCGGCGGCGAGGCUCCGGCGGAAGCGCCUCGAGAAGCGAAGGAGGAAGAAGAGAUAACCCGACAACACAACCCGAAUGAGAGUAGCGGGUCGUGA